GGAGUCUACGCGGUGCCCGGAUUUCCCUGGCCACCCGGCGUGGAGCAGGGUGGUUGGGCGGUAAACACGCUGUGGCUUGCGAGGAUGGGAAGGGGGCAUUCACUCCGCCGGGACAUUUAACGCCGCCUUAUUCCUUCAGGUGGAAUUGAUCUGUAUUCGGCGCCCCGUAGCAGGCUUGAGCCUACUCCCUUGUGAAGGGUGAAAGUAGCUCCCUCAGAAAGCGGUUAAAGUUGCGGAGAGGGUACGAGACGGCAGUUCUCCCCUGUGCCCGCUGAAUGGUGCGGCCCUGAGCUGUUCCGGGAGCCGGCCCGACGCGUCUGACGGAAGCCUGGAAGGGGGGCGGGGAGGUGGCCAGCAGAACGCGGGUUCUGUGAAAAGACCUGGGGAACAUUCGACUCCAAGAAGAGGAAGAGCCCGAUUGAAAAGAGCGAGGCUUCUGAGGGGAAGGGGGCUGCCAAGAUGGCGUCGGCCGCCUCGGCAGUCGGGUUUUCAUCCGUGGAUCCCGGGAUCCCUACCUGCACCUCGUCCUCAGCCCUGGUAUCAGAGAAACCUCUGACUGAUUAAACAUAUCAAGAACAGCAUCUGGAAUCAAGAGACCCAUGGCAUCUGAGGUGCCUUAUGCCUCUGGCAUGUCUAUCAAGAAAAUAGGCCACAGAGGUGUUGAUUCCUCCGGAGAGACAACAUAUAAAAAGACAACCUCAUCAGCCUUGAAAGGUGCCAUCCAGUUGGGCAUUACCCACACUGUGGGGAGUCUGAGUACCAAACCAGAGCGGGAUGUCCUCAUGCAAGAUUUCUAUGUGGUGGAGAGUAUCUUCUUCCCCAGUGAAGGGAGCAACCUGACCCCUGCUCAUCACUACAAUGACUUUCGGUUCAAGACUUACGCACCUGUUGCCUUCCGCUACUUUCGGGAGUUGUUUGGUAUCCGGCCUGAUGAUUACUUGUGCUCCCUGUGCAGUGAGCCCCUGAUUGAACUCUGCAGCUCUGGGGCUAGUGGUUCCCUGUUCUAUGUGUCCAGUGAUGACGAGUUCAUCAUUAAAACAGUCCAACAUAAAGAGGCGGAGUUUCUGCAGAAGCUGCUUCCAGGAUACUACAUGAACCUCAACCAGAACCCUCGGACUUUGCUGCCUAAAUUCUAUGGACUGUACUGUGUGCAGGCAGGUGGUAAGAACAUUAGAAUUGUGGUAAUGAACAAUCUCUUACCAAGGUCAGUCAAAAUGCAUAUCAAAUAUGACCUCAAGGGCUCAACCUAUAAACGGCGGGCUUCCCAAAAAGAACGAGAGAAGCCUUUGCCCACCUUUAAAGACCUGGACUUCUUACAAGACAUCCCUGAUGGUCUCUUUCUGGAUGCCGACAUGUACAAUGCUCUGUGUAAGACCCUGCAGCGUGACUGUUUGGUGCUGCAGAGCUUCAAGAUAAUGGAUUAUAGCCUCUUGAUGUCAAUCCAUAACAUAGAUCAUGCACAGCGAGAGCCCUCAGGCAAUGAAGCACAAUAUGCUAUUGAUACUCGCAGACCGGCCCCCCAGAAGGCUCUCUAUUCCACAGCCAUGGAGUCUAUCCAGGGCGAGGCUCGGCGAGGUGGCACCGUGGAGACCGAUGACCAUAUGGGUGGCAUCCCUGCUCGGAAUAGUAAAGGAGAAAGGCUGCUACUUUACAUUGGGAUCAUUGACAUUCUGCAGUCUUACAGGUUUGUUAAGAAGUUGGAGCACUCAUGGAAAGCUCUGGUACAUGAUGGGGACACUGUAUCAGUGCAUCGCCCAGGCUUCUACGCUGAACGGUUCCAGCGCUUCAUGUGCAACACGGUGUUCAAGAAGGUCCCCUUGAAACCCUCUCCUUCCAAAAAGUCUCGGUCUGGCUCAUCUUUCUCCCGGCGAGUAGGCCCCAGCGGCAACUCCUGCAUUACUUCCCAGCCAUCCGUCUCUGGGGAACACAAAGCACAAGUGACAACAAAGGCGGAGGUGGAGCCAGGCGUCCACUUCGGUCGUCCUGAUGUUUUACCUCAGACUCCACCUUUGGAGAAAGUCAGUGAGGCUUCAACUAUUCCUGACCCCUAUUUCUCACCUGUAGUUGGAGAGACUUUGCAAAUGAUAACUUCAAGUUCAACCCUCUUGGAAAAGCUUGAAAUUGCAGAGUCAGAGUUCACCCAUUGAGCAGAAAAUCUCAGAAGACCUGGAACAGGAUUCUACCGUCUCUGUAAUCCCGAGAUGUCAGCCCUCCCCCCAGCAGUGCUGAGUUUUCUUCUUGGUCAUCACAAAAGGAGUAUAAUAGAGACAGAGGGACUCUCCAUGUCCUUCCUAAAGAACCUCUUCUCCUUCCCCUUCCUCAUGAAUGGGCUUUGGUGCCUUGGACGUUGAGGACAGCAGUGCAGCAUCCUCUCCACUCCUGAUUUGUGUGGGACAAGUUUUCAACUGGCCAACUUUGGCUUCCACAAUUUGUUUUCAAACUCACAUUCCUGCUGGAAGUGGGGUUGCUGGACCUGGUAGUUUUCUUCCCUUUCAUCUGCCUUUCACCAGGAGCUGGACUCUUAAUUAAUUUCCUCAGGACAGACUGGCUGGCAUAUUACCCCACCUUAGCUCUUCCUCUCUGGACGAAGAGCCCUGUCAUCUUUGUAAAGUGUUUGGGGGAGUAAGGAUGUUUAACCACCUCCCAACCUUUUUUCCUUAAAAGAGGGAAAGAAAAUAGUUCACAGCACACAAUUUCAAGCCAGACAGUUUCAGAUCAAAACUCCAGAAGUGUUGGAGAGAGGCCUAUUCAUAGGUUUCUCUCAGAAGAGUCCUAGUGUUUGAGAAACAAAAGUGUGGUGAUUACUCUUCCAGGAGCAGCUCCUGUUUAGCUCCUCCUCUCUUGAUGAAUUUCUUAAUAAGCUGAAGGAAUGGAGAGAGUGGGACACAGGGUCAUCUUUGACCCUUUUUUUCAAACAGAAGGGCAGUCAGUCAUAGGCUAGAAGAUUAGAGCCCUUCCUACGCAGGUCCUUAUUCACUGUCAGGCCAUAAUUGUUAACUACUCUUUUGCCAUUUGAAGUGUAUUCUGGUAGUUUUUCUAAAUACGAAGACUUAUCAAAUGAAAUUUUUAAAUCCUUUUCCAAAGGAGGCUUCUUUCUUGCUCUUCCCACCUUUUCCAAUAGUGUUCUGUUCAUGAUGCUGAGGAGGAGGGAGGGACACCUGCGUCUGUUAACAGGCAGUCCAUACCUAUGCGGCCAGAGAAUAUUUACACUCAUGGGGAGCCAGCAGAUCCUUGCCUAGGUGAGGUAAUUACUGUGCCACCUGCCCUGCCUCCUUUCUUCCUACCGAGAGUUCGGAGGUGGGGCUGUGUAAUGCCGCUCCUUGGCAUUUGCAGGAGUUGCCGUUCUCACUGAUCCGCCUGCUCCUUCUAGGGGAAGAAGGAGGCCUGGCAUCUCAGGCAAAUUGUUGAGGUCCCAUCGGCUCUGUCCCACCUGACCUUGAUAGUAGGUUAGCUAAUACCCCAAGUAACUGUCUAUAUUAGACACCCCCUGUCAGUUUCUGGCUGCCUGUCUUUGCUGCCAUGUUCUUUUUUACAAGAAGGAAAGAAACAAUUCUUGCUAUUUUUUUUUUCAUAAUUUACUAUUUAUGAUGUAUUUAAGUAUCUUACUCAGGACAGAGUUCUGUAGGGAGUGGGAGGGAAUAUUUGAGGGAGGCUGGGUCUUAGGGAAGGAAAUGGAGAAUCAACAUUUUUAUGAAGUGUCACUAUUUGCCUUUACUUUGUGUUGUUCAGAAAUGGCAAAUGUGAUAUAAAAGUGGUAAAUAUCUGGUUUUAAUGUAUUAAAGUUUCAUCAGUUAUUUGGA